AUGACCAGUGCUGACUUGUCUUCUUUAUCUGUUUGUGAGAACAUCAGACUUUCUUCUUUUGCACAAUAUCAUGCCCUUCUCUUCCUCAGUGUCAAAUACCAUUAUUCCUCCACUUUUUCCAUCAAUGAUUUCAAAAAAAAAAUUCCAUCUUCAUAUUCUUUCUUUUCCUCAUCACUAUUUUCUUUCCAUAUAUAUUUCUUUUUUAUGCUUUUUUUCUCCAUGGACUUUGAUCUAUUUCAAUCACUUCUUAAUUUCUCUUUCUUCCUCUACUUAUUACCUUUUUUCUUUCAUUUAAUUUCUCAAUCUUAUCCUCCAUUUCUUCCAAAAUUUAUCCUUUUCUUUUCUUCUUCUACUCAUUUUUUUCUUUCAUUUUACUUAUUUAUUGACCAUAUCUACAUUUCCAUCCAAAUAUUACUUUUUUCUUUUCCUCCUUACUCUUUUUUUCCUCUACUUAUUCAUUUUUCUUUCUUACUUAUUUCUCAAUCUUAUCCUCCUUUCCAUCUUAACAUUAUUCUUUCCUCCUCUUUCAUACUCCUUCUUUCCUCUACUCAUUCUUUUUCCUUCCUAACUUUAUUCUUUGCUUUUCCUCCCUUCUCUUUCUUCUUUCUUCCUUCUCUCACCUUGUUUUGUUUCUUUUUCAUCAUGGUACUCUUUAAAAACUUUUUCUUGACCAUUUAUUUUUCUGCCUAUUUUAAAAAUUAUUUUGCUGCAAAGAAAAUUCCUCAUAUCCUCGAUGUCUCCAAGUUCAUGAGAAUUUGA